UCUUCAUCCCUCGUGUUCUCAAGAACUGGCUCUUUAGGCAUAGUAGAAGUGACAACUGGAAUGGUAAUAUGUAGUCAAUUGAGAUUAUUUGCAAUUCGCCACUCUUCAUUUUGUGAUACCCUCCGCCAUUGCAGACCACAACUAAGAAAGGAAGAUGGUUGGAUUGACAGCAAGUGCUUUGAUGGGGGUGAUAAACCCCGUCGUUAGCAAGCUCACUGCAUUACUGGAAAACGAGUGUAAGAAUCUCAUAGGCGUGCGGAAGAAGAUCGUUGACCUUCGAGACGAGCUAAUCAGCAUGAAGACAGCCAUGGAGAUGGUGUCUGAAACAGAGGAGGCAAGCCCGGAUGUGAUGGAGUGGAUGAGUCAGUUGAGGGAGCUUUCAUAUGAUGCCGAGGACUGCAUCGAAGAUUUCAUACACAAUCUCGCCCAUGAUGGCAACUGUGAUGGACUCAUCCGCAGGAUUAUUACCCAGGUCAACAAUCUGAAGGCGCGCUAUCGUAUUGGUAAUCAGAUUAAUGAACUGAAGGAGCGUGCAAUAGAGGUUAGUAAACGGCAUAAGAGGUAUAAGGUCGAUCCGUCCGUGUCAUCUUCCAAGUCUGUGGUAAUUGACCCCAGGUUGCAUGCACUCUUUGAGGAGACAAAUAAACUUGUGGGUAUUGAUAGCCAAGUAGACAUACUUGUCAGGUGGCUCACUGAUGGCACCGAUUUGGACCCACAGCGUAAGGUUGUCUCAAUAGUUGGAUUUGGAGGAUUAGGCAAGACAACACUUGCUAAUCAGGUCUUCCAAAAGAUUAAAAGUCAGUUCGAUUGCACAGCUUUUGUGUCCGUAUCUAGAAGUCCUAAUGUAAACAAGAUUCUCAAUAAUGCAUUCUUGCAAGUUCUUGGAAGCAGUAGCAAAAAUACUACGAAUCAAAAUGAAGACAUUGUGAGGAUACAGGAAGACCGUCGCCUCGGAGCAUUAGAAUAUCCGCAACUUGUCAGCGUGAUUAAAGAAUAUCUUCAAAAUAGAAGGUACUUUGUCAUAAUUGAUGAUAUAUGGAGCAAACAAGCUUGGAAAGACAUACAGUGUGCCUUCCCCGAAGAUAAGAAUGCAAGUAGAAUAAUUACGACUACACGGAUUCAAGAUGUUGCAAAACACUGUAGCUUCCCACAUAAUGACUAUGUUUAUCCUAUGAAGCCCCUUGACAAUGAUGACUCAAAGAGAUUAUUUAUGAAGAGGACAUUUGGCAAUGAGGAUGACUGCCCUCUUGAACUGACAGAAGCCACUGACGAUAUACUAAGAAAGUGUGAUGGCUUGCCACUAGCUAUAGUUAAUAUAGCUAGCCUAUUAGUAACCAGAAGACCCUCAAAACAAGAAUGGGAGAAGGUACUGAAAACGAUUGGCUCUGCACUUGAACAAGAUCAUGAGCUGGGAGUGGUAAAAAGGAUUUUAUUUCUUAGUUACUACGACCUGCCUCACUAUCUGAAGUUAUGUUUGUUGGAUUUGAGCAUAUUCCCAGAGGAUUAUGAGAUUGAUCGACUGCGCUUGAUAAGGAGAUGGAUGGCUGAAGGAUUUAUUAUUGAACAACGAGGGCAAAGCUUGGAGGACACUGGAGAAAGCUACAUUAGUGAGCUCAUCAACAGAAACAUGAUCCAACCAGUGGACAUUGACUACAGUGGUAGACCAAGAGCUUGUCGAGUACAUGAUAUAAUGCUUGAUCUUAUUAUAUCACUAUCAGCUAAAGAAAACUUUGUCACCAUAAUGGAUGAUCAAACCUUAACACCUUCAGCUUACAAGAUUCGACGUCUCUCCAUCCAUGGCAAUUGUGAAGAAAGGAAGCCAUGCCAGGGGACUGGUGGCUUGUCUCAUGUCCGGUCACUCGGUGUCUUCGGCGAUGCAAAGAAGAUCCCCUCUCUUUUGGACUUUCAUGUUCUACGAGUCUUAGAUCUGGAUGAUUUUUCUAAUCUGGAGGAUGGUGACAUUAAGGAUAUUGGAAGUUUGAUCCACUUGAGGUAUUUAAGUAUCAGAAACAUUAGCAUGAUCCCAACGCAAAUUGGGAAGCUACAACGUUUGCAGACACUCGACCUCAGAAGGACUAGGAUAAGAGAAUUGCCAGGAACUGUCUCUGAGCUACAGCAAUUAGUGCACCUAAUUCUGCCUUAUGAUGUAAAGCUGCCUGAUGGGAUCGGUAACAUGGUAGCUCUAGAGGAGCUUUCACAUUUCAGUGUCAGAAGUAACUCCCCUGAGCUGUUGCUAGAGCUAGGGAACCUAACCAAACUGAAGGUGCUUGGUAUUUAUUGGUCUUCAAAUGGUGACAUUAAUGAUGAAGAAAGCUCCAGGAACCAUUUGGUAUCGUCCCUCUGUAAGCUGGGACAAGGAAGUCUUCGAUCUUUGUAUAUUAGGAUUAUUUCAGGAGAAUUUUCUCCAGAUUUCUUGGUUAACUCUUGGUUCCCUCCUCCACGUCAACUCCAGAUAUUCAGAGCAGAAACCAGCCAGCACCACCCCUGUUUCUCUCGGCUCCCAAAGUUGAUACCCUCCCUCUCAGAACUCACCUACUUACAUAUUUGGCUCGAAAGACUGGGAGCGGAAGACACGCAGGUGCUUGAAGGCAUGCCUGCCUUGCGCUAUCUCAAUCUUCACACAACAGAAUCCACGCAGGAACCACUCACCAUCAGCAGCAGGGGAUUCCAGCGUAUGAAGGAGUUCCAUUAUAGUCACAUCUCUGGAGGGCUAGGCCCCAUGUUUGAAGCAGGAGCAAUGCCAAGGAUCGACACGCUUGGCAUUAGAUUCGCGGCUCAUGACAAAAUAUCUGCACAUGGUGACGGAUGCGAUUUUGGCAUCAGCCACCUUUUCUCCCUCAAGCGUCUCUGGGUCGACAUUUAUUGUCAAUGGGCAAGCACACCGGAGGUGGAGGCUGCCGAGGCCGCCAUCCGAAAUGUAGCUGCUCGCCUUCCCAACAGUCUAAUACCUAAAAUCGAUAGAUGGUAUGAAGAGUUGAUGUUAAACGAGGAUGAGGAGAGGGAGGACACUGGUGGCUCUGUGGAGUAAGGAUGCUUGUGCCAUAUAGAAUGUGAUUCGUAUUUCCUUCUUUCCUUUUAAGCCUGUGAUUUUUCUGCAGAGUGCUCCAGUUCCACAUUGUACAGGUUCUCUAUAAUACUUUUGUCUUGACUUGGUUCUCCA